CCAGCGCUGCUCCAUCGGCGUUUUGUUACUUGUACCCGAGUUGUUCAUCUUCAAUAUGUCGGAGACUGCUCCUGCCGCUCCCGCUGCCGCACCCGCGGUGGAGAAGGCCCCAGUAAAGAAGAAGACGGCCAAAAAGCCUGCCGGAGCACGCCGCAAGGCGUCUGGCCCCCCGGUAUCGGAGCUUAUUACCAAAGCUGUGGCCGCUUCCAAAGAGCGCAGCGGUGUGUCUUUGGCUGCGCUCAAGAAGGCCCUGGCGGCUGCUGGCUACGACGUGGAGAAGAACAACAGUCGUAUCAAGCUUGGUCUCAAGAGCCUAGUAAGCAAGGGUACUCUGGUGCAAACCAAGGGCACUGGCGCUUCUGGUUCUUUCAAGCUCAACAAGAAGGCAGCUUCUGGGGAGGCUAAACCUAAAGCAAAGAAGGCAGGCACAGCCAAGGCCAAGAAACCCGCUGCGGCAGCCAAGAAGCCCAAGAAGGCUACUGGGGCCGCCACCUCAAAAAAGAGUGGUAAGAAGACCCCAAAGAAGGCAAAGAAGCCAGCUGUGGCUGCUGUGACCAAGAAAGUAGCCAAGAGUCCGAAGAAGGCUAAGGUUGCCAAGCCCAAGAAGGCAGCCAAGAGUGCACCUAAGGCCGUGAAGCCCAAGGCUGCUAAACCCAAGGUUGUCAAGCCCAAGAAGGCGGCACCCAAGAAGAAGUAGGCUGAUCUGCUUCUAAAACCCAAAAGGCUCUUUUCAGAGCCACCACUGACCUCAAAAAGAGCUCAACAUCUUUCUGCUAGAGGUACAAAUGUAAAUGUACGGGAGUAAGGAUUACAGUUGACACUGUCUUCGGGCGGGAGGAGGUAGCUGGAGGGAGGCUAUUUAAGACGUUGACCCACUCCUAGGAGAUAUCCCGUGCUUGGCUAUUCCGCGCGGCGCGUAUCCUGGUCAGCUGUUCGGAGGCGUUUUCCGCUGGCUGAUGUACUUUAGAUAGCCGCCAGUACCGCCCUGAGCCUGUGAACGGCAAAAAAGUGCAAGACAAAAUUAAGUUCUAAAGGGUAUCCGAUUGGACUAAAAAGUAAUUUGAAAGUCCCGCCCUGCUCUUGGAUUGGCUCACUUCUCCAGCAGACGACUUUAUAAAUUUAGUUGGGUGGUGGUUUAUUCUCCUAUACUUUGGCUUCAGUGGAGCUUAAAGUUUGACAUUUUCCGCCUGAAAGAAAUGGAUCUAAUAUUGGGACAGUUGAUAUUUUAUCGUUAGUUGAUGUGGGAGUAUUGGUAACAUUCAACCCUGUGUCAGCGGGUGCAGGUGUCUCUGUUCAUUCCUUUGCCGGUAAUUCCCGAUAGCUUUGGCAACAAAGCAACGCUUGUUAAAAGCAGCUACAGCAGCUGUACCAACUCUCUCUUCCUCCCAGGGCAAGGGUGGACCAGGAUAGUUUUGUUUCUCGUUAUCCUGCACUAUGAAAAAAAGCGAUGGAUUUGAGCACAUCAAAAGCGUAAUUUUAAGCCAGCCAUUUUGUCUUCCUAUGACGGGUGCAGAUCUUCGUUUUGGACUAACAUAAACGUGUAAAAAUCAAAGUUGUUUUAAAUGCCUGGUUUGUAUGGUCGAAAUGUUUCCACGCGGAGAGCAAAGUAUUGAUCAUAUUAACUAUUGAAUAUCUAUAUGGAUGGGAAGCAUGUUUCUAAUAAAAGCCUUUAGUUUUUAUUAACAGUG